GCCAUGAACACUUUCACGAACGGCUUGCUUAAAGAUGAACGCAACUAAUACCGAACGCAGAACAGGAAGUGGGUCACGGUAGAAAUGGCACAGAAUUUUCAGGACUACGACCCGCUAGAUGAUUACGCUCGGAGAACAAAUUCUUUUCAGUAUGUAUCUGUAAAUUAUGGAGAAAACCACCCAGUAACAACAUCACAUUCAGGAAAAGAAGAGACACCUUCCUCCUGCACAUCAUCACCAGUCAGAAGUGAAAACAGGAACAGCCAAAUGAUGAAUAACAGCAUUGUGCUACAGGAGGGUAAAAUGAUCACACACCAGGUAUCAUACAAUGACACGGGUCAGAGGAUUCCUGUGUUCGGAGAUUCCAGUCCCAGACUUCCAGACUCAGCAUCGGGAUAUGGAGAUGUCAUACAGACUAGAAAUCAACAUCCUAUGUCUCCAAACCACAGAAAAUCUCUUACAUCACUGCAUCAUUCAGAAACAGAGGAUAUUAUGGUAUUUGUUGAACCCCCUAGUAAAAGUCUGUUCUGUAAACUGUGUAACAAUGUCUACAAGGAUCCUGUGAUGGUCACAUGUGGGCACUCCUAUUGCAAAAAAUGUGUAACAAGACAAAGUGAAGGUGUUUGUCCGAUUGACAACCAGGGAAUAGCUGUUGUGGUGGCUAACAUCGCGGUCUCUGAACAGAUCGGGGAGAUGUACAUCCACUGUCGCCAUGGCUGUCGUCUGUCCGAGGACGGACAUUCAUAUGAGGUGGAUCCCACCCGAUGUCAGGCCACCGUCAAAGUCUCCUGUAGAACAGAGCACGAAGAGUCCUGUGAUUAUAUGAUGGUGGAGUGUCCAAACCACACAGGGUGUCCGCAGUUGUUAAGAAAAGACCUUGAGGACCACAUCAAAACCUGUUGUAAUGUUCGAUGUCCUCAUCACAAAUACAGCUGUGAGUUUACCGGUACACAGGAGGAACUCCAGGAACACCUGAAAUUGUGUAAGUACGAAGGGAUGAAGGAUUUUAUGAGUCACAUGGAGGAAAAGGUCGGAGAACUUCAGGAGUCCCUGGAGGAAAAAGACCAGGAAAUCAACUUCCUCCGAUCCAUGUUAGGAAAACUGUCCGAGAGAUUGGAGAACCUAGAGAAAACUGCUGAAAUCAAACUAGAAAUUAUCGAAUGCAAUCAGAGUAAUCUACUGAGUGAAGUUGUGGAGAAUCGCAAGGAGAGAGCCAUGCUUAUGGAUGAACUAGCCAACAUACAAAAUCAGUUGAAUGGACGCAAUGUGGUGCAAGGAGUGUAUGACCCUCAGCAAAUGUUCCGGUGUCGAGGGACGUUCGUUGGACACCAGGGACCUGUUUGGUGCUUAACAGAGUAUGGAGAGUUUCUUUUCAGUGGAUCUUCUGACAAAACAAUAAAGGUAUGGGACACUGGAAACAAUUACAGAUGUCUGAAAACAAUGGAGGGACACACCGGGAUUGUUUUGGCACUGUGUACAUGGAGCAACAAACUGUACAGUGGAUCACAAGAUUGUAGGAUUAUGGUCUGGAAUAUUGAGAACUUUGAGAAAGAGAAUUCUGUUGAAGCUCAUGAAAAUCCUGUAUGUACUCUAACCUCGGCCAAAAACAUGCUGUUUAGUGGAUCUUUAAAAGUGGUCAAGGUUUGGGAUGCUCACACAAUGGAGCUGAAGAAGGAACUCACUGGAAUGAACCACUGGGUCAGGGCGCUGGUAGCCACCCAGAACCACCUGUACAGUGGUUCCUACCAAACAAUUAAGAUCUGGGAUUUGGACACGCUGGACGUUGUUCACAAUCUCGAGACUUCAGAAGGAAGUGUGUAUAGUAUAGCAGUCACUAAUCACCACAUUCUCUGUGGCACCUACGAAAAUGUCAUCCAUGUGUGGGAACUAGGCUCCAAGGAAUUGGUGGUGACCCUUAAAGGACACACGGGGACGGUGUACAGUAUGGCCGUGCUUCACACAACGUCAGGGACGAAAGUAUUCAGUGCCUCAUAUGACAGAUCUCUCAGAGUGUGGAGCAUGGACAACAUGAUUUGUACUCAGACACUACUAAGACACCAGGGAAGUGUCGCUUGCUUGGCCGUGUCGCGGGGAAGGAUAUUUUCGGGUUCCGUUGACAGUACAGUGAAGCUAUCCCAGCAUCCUCAGCCAGACGUACAUGUGGUGGAUCUCAGGAGUGACACGGUGACAAAGCCUUCACCAGGAAUGAGGAAUGCCAUGGCAACAGCAGAGGUUGGUGAUGAUGUCAUGGGAGAAGAUCCAACAAUUAAUGCUCUUCAGGACAGAAUUGCCAAAUUGUUUAACAAAGAAGCAGCCUUGUUCGUUCCUACUGGUACCAUGGGGAAUCUGAUCUCAGUUUUAACUCACUGUCCUGAGAGAGGGUUGGAAGUUGUUCUGGGUCACAAAAGUCAUAUUUUUGUCCAUGAACAAGGAAACAUAGCACAAUUUGGUGGUUUACUGGCCUCUACUGUAGAAAAUAAAGAGGAUGGGACGAUGGAUCUGGACAAGAUGAGAGAGAGGAUUAGAAUGAGCGAUGACCCUCAUUUCCCCUACACUCGACUGAUCUGUAUAGAAAACACACACAAUUAUUGUGGAGGAAAAGUUGUACCAGUGUCUUACAUGAAAAAGGUGUAUGAACUAGCCCAGGAACAUGGAUUAAAAGUGCAUCUUGAUGGAGCAAGGUUGAUGCAUGCUGCUACAGCUCUGGGAGUCCAACCAUCUGAUAUCACAAAUUGUGUGGACUCGGUUAACAUGUGCUUCUCGAAGGGACUUGGUUGUCCAGUCGGAUCUAUUAUAGCCGGAACAAGUGACUUCAUUCAAAUAGCCAAGAGACGGAGGAAGGCCCUAGGAGGAGGUUUGCGCCAGGCAGGGGUUCUGGCUGCAGCUGCCAUGUAUUCACUGGACCAUGUCCUCCCAAAACUCUCAGAGGAACACGAAAAAACUCAACAUAUUAUACAGGCCAUCAUAUCAGCACCACAGUCUGUUGUGCAUGUUAAUCAUGAAACGGUGAAAACCAACAUCGUAUUCCUGACCGUGACUAAACAAGGACUCAGCGCUACACAGCUGUAUGACCGUCUGCUUCAGGUGACGGAGAAAGAAAAACGAGACCUGGGAGACAGCAUUGUUGUAAAGACUGUUCCGUACACAGACACAUUACUAAGGUUUGUGUUACACUGUGAUAUAUCAUCAGGAGAUGUUCAGAAAGCCAUCACCAAAUUCUCCUACGUUCUACAAGAACUUUGUACAGUCUGGUCCCCGCCCCACCACUCUUUGAUCACUGGUAUCAUUUUGGGUAAUACAAGUGAUCAUGAAGUGGCGGUACGGGGACCAGACUACAACUUUCAAAACAUGAGUGAUGACAGCGACGAUAAUUUUGAAAUACCAGGGACCACAGGAAGUACUGAUAAUUUCCCCCACAUAGACUUCACUGCCUGGUCACCCCAGUCUGGGUCUGGUCUGGAUUUUUUGUGUCUUGUCCCUUUCUCAACAACUUAUAAGCCCACCUAUAAACAAGAAGAGUCGCCGGGAAAAGUGAAAGUUAGCGUCACUCACAGACAACAGAGACAGAAAAAAUUUAAAUGCAGCUCUACCGUUGGCAACUAUAUAGCAGAUGAGAGAAGACUGCAGAACGCUGCUAAUCAGAAUGAUUUUAAUACAGUGAUUGAGUUAUUGGAAGACGGGGUGGAUCCAUGUUGUUCUGACAACAAGCAAAGAACACCUCUCCAUUUUGCCUCAUCUCAGGGAUAUGAAAAAGUUGUGAAAGCUUUGCUUGACAAAGGAGCUGAUCCAAAUCAGAAAGAUAUUCUUGGAAACACACCUCUUCACUUAGCUGCCUGCACUGGUCAAGUUCCUGUGGUCACUCUAUUACUGCAUGCAGGAACAAACCUGAAAUCUGUAGACAAGUACGGGAGAACUCCACUGAGUGUGGCCAAAUCACGACUGAGGUUCCUCAUGGAGGAAAAAGACUACUCCUCUGAAAGGGUUAAAGAUGAAACCUUAGAGAUUGGAGAAAUGAUGAGAGCUUAUUUAAACCUCUCUGGUAUGCACCAGGAAGCUGAGCAGUUGGAUCAGUUGUGUCAGCAGUUGCAGAGCGUGUCUACACGAGAGGAAGUGGACCACCUUAACUCCCUUCUCACAGACUUAGCCAGUCUGAACAUCGAAAAAUCUCAAAACAGGACUUAAUUUUGUGUUCAGAAUCUCAUCAUUUAUGAAUUCCUUGAAGCUGAGGAAGAUUUUUAAAAAGUGGAAGGAGGUGUGGUAUUUUCAUUAUCCAUGUAUGGUAUUUUGUUUGAGUAGGAUGUAAUUAUGUCUUGUUAAUUAGUUAUGUUAAUUUGUUUAUAGUAAACGGUGAAGAAAUGAUUGUCAUUGGUCAGUAUUGACACGAACAACAAUCAUGAAACAAAGCAGCAAAAAAAAUGGAUUCUUAUGAAAAUAUGUUUGUAUUUGUCUUAAUGGUAACAAUGGUAACAGUAUUCAUGCUGUUAACGACCAGUACCUGUAUUUACAGAAAUAAAAUAUAUAAACUGAU